AUGGAUUUUAGUAACAAACAAUUCCCUUUAUUAAAAAAUGAUAGAUUAUUAAGAGCAGCAAGAGGUCAGGAGGUCGAUAAAGUACCAGUGUGGGUUAUGCGUCAAGCCGGUCGUUAUUUACCAGAGUUUCAAGCAGUUCGGGCAAAACAUGAUUUUUUCACCGUUUGCCGUACUCCUGAAUUGGCUUGUGAAGUAACACUGCAACCUUUGCGCCGUUUUGAGCAUUUGGAUGCUUCAAUCAUCUUUAGCGACAUUCUUGUUAUUCCACAAGCGUUAGGAAUGACAGUAGAAAUGCAUCCAGGCAAGGGUCCCGUUUUUCCUAACCCUCUUCAAGAUGUGUCUGAAAUAAACAACCUUAAAGAAGAAGGUGCUGUAUCUAGACUGUCUUAUGUUGGAGAUGCCAUAACAUUAACAAGACACAAAAUUGAAGGAAAAGUACCAUUAAUUGGUUUCACAGGAGCACCAUUCACUCUAAUGGGAUACAUGAUUGAAGGAGGGGGAAGCAAAACCAUGAGUAAAACUAAGGAUUGGUUGGAAAAAUACCCAAAAGAUGUCCAUAGACUGCUGGCUUUACUGACCAGAGUUAUAAUCAACUAUUUGGUGAUGCAGGUUGAAAGUGGAGCUCAAUUACUACAAGUUUUUGAAUCCAGUGCAGAUCAUUUGACCAGAGAGCAGUUCAUUGAAUUUUCAACACCAUAUCUUAAGGAUAUAAGAAGUGGUGUGAAAAAUAUAUUAAAUGAAAAAAACAUAGAACAAGUACCAAUGACAGUUUUUGCGAAAGGAGGAGGUCACUCAUUAGAUAUUCAGGCAGACUUGGGAUAUGAAACCAUUGGGCUUGAUUGGACAGUUGACCCUAUUGAGGCAAGGAAGAUAGUUGGCGAAAAUAUAACUUUACAAGGGAAUUUAGACCCACAAGACUUAUACAAAAGACCAGAUGAAAUAAAAACACUCACUAUAGAUAUGGUAAAGAAAUUUGGUAAACACAGAUACAUUGCAAAUUUGGGUCAUGGAAUAACCCCACAAACUCCAAUUGAGAGCAUGACAGUAUUUACCGAAUCUGUCCAUGAAGCUGUAUAA